UUAUUUGCCACCUUCCAUGUAUGAAUGGAGGCCAGUGCAGUUCUAGAGAUAAAUGCCAGUGCCCUCCUAAUUACACUGGUAAACUUUGUCAGAUCCCUGUGCAGACUGCCAGUGCUCCAAAACUGUACCAUCACCCGCAGCAGGUGAACAAGGCUGUAGGAUCACAAAUUAUUCACUCUACUCAUACUUUACCACUGACGAUGUCUGGACAGCAAGGUGUAAAAGUGAAGUUCCCUCCUAACAUAGUGAAUAUCCAUGUGAAACAUCCCCCUGAAGCCUCAGUUCAGAUCCAUCAAGUUUCAAGAAUUGACAGCACAUCAACAGGACAGAAAGCGAAAGUACCUCAGCCAGGACAUCCACAGGUGUCUUACCAAGGUCUUCCAUAUCAGAAGACCCAGAAAGGACAAACUGCUUACACAAAUCAACAACCCAUUCCUCACAUGUUUCCUGUUUCAGUUAAAACUCAGCUUGGGCGCUGCUUCCAGGAGACUAUUGGGACACAGUGUGGCAAAGCACUUCCUGGCCUUUCCAAGCAAGAAGACUGCUGUGGAACCGUGGGUACUUCCUGGGGCUUUAACAAAUGCCAGAAGUGUCCCAAGAAGACAUCUUACCAUGGAUACAGUCCUAUGAUGGAAUGCCCACAAGGCUACAAGAGGAUCAAUGCUACAUUUUGUCAAGAAAUGGACCCGUACCUUGUAGGUUUGUCAUUGUUUGUUGAACUGGGUUUUGAGAGUUUUUACCCUGGCACAUUUUUGUACUAUGUAACUAAUACUGUUAUUAUUGAAACGGCCAACUCUAAUGGAGGCAGUAACAUGGUAGUUGACAAUCCAGCUAUAGUAGAAAAAGUUGGAACAGUAUUCUCAGUGGUGUUAGCAG